AUGCCCGCUCGCGCAACGAGCGGCCCAGUGUCCACUGGCUCACGCAAAACAUCUGGACAGAGCGCCGUGUCAUCCAAGCGAGCAUCCUCUGCGACACCUUCAGCAGCAGUGCCGCCCGAACCACCGCUUCCUACGACAUCGUCCCACCUUCGCGCAGACGUUUGCGCAAUUUUUGCAGAUUCCCAACGCUCCACCACCGGACACAGAAAACUUGUUGUGCGGUUGCGAAAAGUCCAAGAAAUAAGCUGCGGCAUUACACCGCCCAAGAAAUCGAAAGAUGGCCAAAUAAUUGAAGAAGACCGAGAAAUCCCUUCCAGUGACGAAACUUUUGGCGAACAGGAAUUCAAUGUGGAAGUCACCCGUUGCGUUCUUCGCAUAUUGCCCAUCAAAAAGACAGAAUCUGUCGGAGAUCGAGUCAUUCGUUUCCUUGGACUAUUCUUGAAUCAUGCCUCGGAGAAGGAUGGCGAGGUCUUUAAUCCAACGGACGUCGACGAGACACAAAUGUUUCCAGAAACCCCAACGACGCGACUUACUAUGGCCAUUGCAAAUAUGGUAGUCCCAUUGUUAGCAUCAAAGGACAAGAUUGUCCGAUACCGUUCAACACAAUUGCUUGCGCAUCUAGUUAAUUCGCUGGACUCUAUAGACGACGAGGUAUUCCGUUUGGUGAGAACGGGCCUUCUCAAAAGGAUUCGAGAUAAGGAGGCUACAGUCAGAGUCCAGGCCGUACUCGGUUUGGCGCGUCUCGUCGGAGACGAAAGUGAAGGUGGACUUGAGGACUCCUCCGCAGCUUUAUUGGAAAAGCUUCUUGAUAUCCUACAGAACGAUGCUACCGCUGAAGUGCGCAAAACAUUGCUGAUCAACUUACCAUUGAUUCCGACGACACUCCCCUAUCUGCUUGAAAGAGCCCGUGAUUUGGACGCUGCUACUCGUCGUGCACUUUAUUCCCGUCUACUCCCAACAUUGGGCGACUUCCGUCACUUGUCAUUGUCUAUGCGUGAAAAGCUUCUACGAUGGGGUUUACGUGACCGAGACGAAAAUGUACGGAAAGCUGCCGGAAAAUUGUUCUAUGAGAGAUGGAUUGAGGACUGCGCUGGUAAUAAACCAUCCGGCGAAGGAACCGCCAUGGGACAGAUUUCAGCACCUAACACCUCUGCCCUUUUGGAACUGUUGGAGCGUAUAGAUGCGGUAAACUCUGGAAUGGAAGGUGGUGUAGCCCAUGAAGCGAUGCGAGCCUUCUGGGAAGGUCGUCCCGAUUACCGCGAAGAAAUUGUGUUUGACGAAGAUUUCUGGCAAGGCCUUACGGCAGAAUCGGCAUUCUUGGCUCGCAGUUUCAACGACUUCUGUCGCGUUGAGAAUGAAACCAAGUACGGCAGCCUCGCAGACGAUAAAAUGCCAGAGGUUACUGCUCUCGCAUAUUUCCUUGGGAAAUACUCGGGUGCUCUGCUGGCAAGACUAAAGCAAGCUUCUGCUAGCGGCGAAAACGAGGAAGAGACCAUGGAGCUUGAGUUUGUGGUCGAACAGCUUUUGCAAAUAGCCUUGACGCUGGAUUAUUCCGAUGAGGUUGGACGACGAAAGAUGUUUGCCUUGCUCAGGGAGAAUCUGGCAAUACCAGAACUCCCCGAAUUAUGUACUAAGCUACAUGUUGAGGUCCUUCGAAACGUGUGUGGUCCUGAAGCUGCCGGCGAAUCCGAGUUCUGCAGCGUUGUUCUGGAAGCCGUUGCGGAAGUUCACGACGCAAUUGCUACUGAGGACAGUUUCGUGUCAGCAAGGUCCGAGCUCAGUGACGAUGGAAGCUCACGAGCAAGUCGCGACCGAUCCAUGACCCCAGCUGAUGUACCAUUUGACAAAGAGAAGGCUAAGGCCAAGGUGCUUCGCGAGAUCAUGAUCAACAUGAAAUGUCUUCACAUCGCUCAAUGUAUGCUUCAAAAUGUUGAAGGUAAUCUUCAGCAAAACAUGCACCUGGUUACGAUGUUGAACAACCUUGUGGUUCCGGCUGUGCGAAGUCAUGAAGCUCCUAUUCGAGAGAGGGGCUUGGAAUGUUUAGGAUUGUGUUGUCUGCUGGACAAGACCCUGGCCGAGGAAAACAUGGCCCUUUUUAUCCACUGCUUUACGAAAGGCCACGAAGCGCUUCAAGUCACGGCAAUUCAUAUUCUCGCCGAUAUGCUCACGGCGCACCCAGCACUACUUCUCCCAGUUGUACAAGCGGACGGUGAGACAGUGACACCGCCUCCUUUCCAGAGGAACAUUUUCAAGGUGUUCGCAAAGGCUCUGAAAUCGACAUCACCUGCCGACGUGCAAUCGGCUGCAGCUGUAGCUCUAUCAAAGAUGCUUCUUGUCAACAUAUUCACACCUUCCGGACCUAACGUACCACAAGCCAUUAAAGAUUUGAACGAGUCCUCUAUUGAAGCUUUACUCCAAUCACUGAUCGUGUCAUUCUUCCACCCUCGCACCCGCGAAAAUCCUGUUCUCAGACAAGCACUGACUUACUUUUUCCCGGUAUUCUGCCAUUCACGUCUUGCAAAUACGCAACGCAUGCGCAGAAUCGCUGUGCCUGUGGUACGAGCUGUGUUGAACGCCGCGGAGGAGUUCUUUUCCCUCGAGGCCGAGGAGGACAGCGACGGAGACAUUGAUGAGAGCGUCGGCGAGCGAGAAAUCAAAGCACUAAUGACGCAAGUCACCGGCAUGCUCGUUGAAUGGACUGACGAGCGCAGAGUCGUGGGACUCGGUGGUGAAAAUAUUCUUGCCGGUGGAACCGCUAGUUCAAAUGCCCAUGGCUACGUACAUUUGGCACUGGUCAAUGACAUUCUCGAGCGAAUUCUCGGAAUUAGUGCCGGCCCCAAUAAGUGUUCCAAGGAAGAGAAAAAACUAUUGAUGGCUAUGCUUAGCAAAGUUUACAUCUCAGCUCCUAUAGUCCCAACAUCAACCGCACCCGGAUCACGAGCAGGAUCUCGUGCACCCACCGAAUCAACAGAAGAUGCAUUCCGUUCCAGUAACAGAAGCAGCGGUGUCCGCGAAGAAAUUGACCCUGAGAUCGUCGCACUCGCAGAGACAGUCAAGGAACUCCUCAACGACGCCCUAGAAGAAGCCGCCACCGACGCAGCCAGUCGUAACGCUAUCGUCAAAGUCAAGAACACCAUCCUCAAAACCCUUGCAUAUGCUUCUCAACAAAACACCAGCAGCAGAGACACCAAUCGCAACACGCGAGCUAGUAGCGUGGAUUCGGCAUAUACAAACACCGGCCCUGGAUCGCGACAGACCUCCGUUGAGCCUCACGGAGCGCGCGCUGGCACGAUGGAAGUCGCCAUUGAUGAAACAAUCAUGGAGAUUGAUGAGGAAGACGAUCAUGACGAUAGCCGGGCGACGGUCAUCAAGAAUGAGAGGAAUAGUGAAGAACCUGAGUAG